AGGGGGGUGCUCUUCCAGGAUGAUUUCCGCCGGGCAGUGCCUGCCAGGGUCUUAAGACGAUUAAUGAUUUGCUUUUUAGCGACCUUCCUCCAGCGCGCCGUACACCUUUUACUCCGUAGGCAUGGUGUCAUUACAGUGGAUUGCCCACAACGUAACCGACUUUCAGGAGUUCCAGUCGCUAAUUUAGUGGAGAGAGGGCUCCCGCCACCCUUACUAGUCGUCUCCGUUCCAUCUCCUCCGGCCGCAUGCGUCUCGACCACGAAACAGAAACAUGCAAAACGGUUUCGCGAACGGCCACCUCGCAACGCUAGCACAAUAACAAUCCCGAUUCUCUCCCACCGUCGCCGCCGCCAGAGGCCAGAGGCCUCACCUGCGCCGACCCGGAGUCUUGUGUCUCGUGCACAGCGUUGCCAGCAGGGACCAUCCACACAAAGACGGUCGAGGAACGCGGUCUCUGGUGCGCAUCGGGCGGGCAGAUGGGGGACUGUUGCCAUAGCCUUGUGACCAUCCAGCAGUAACACGCCGUUCAUGGAGACCGUCAUUCAAGACCACACUCCGCUUGCCGACUAUCUGAAGGAUGAGGGCGAAGAACAGCAGGCCUGGGCUACGCCGGCAGCCUCGGAUAAGCACGAUGAUUCGCCGCCGUCCAGUCCGUCAUUCGCGCCGGUAGGACGUCCAAUGGUCAGGAAGCGCUUCAGAGCCAGCAUGCCGAACCCCCUAUCUCUGGGCGUUCCUCCGAAGCACCGACUCAGCUCUCUGCGCGACUCUUGCUCAAAAGUGGUGGUGUCGAGGAUAGACCGUGGCGACAACCUAAAGUUCAUUGAGCAGUUUCGAUACACGAUUGUCGCGUCACAGCUGCUGAGCGGGCAUUCUAUAGCAGCGCAUCCAAACGCCCAGAGUCGGUCAAAUGAUGCGCCAGAAACAGCUCAGAACGCUGCGACUCCAACGACAACGGGGGUGUUGGCAGCAGCGGCCGCCGCCCUCGUUGUUGCAUGGAUGGUCAAAUGGGUGCAUUCGGGGGGCUGGGCGCAUUUGACGAAGAAGAGAGUGACUUUCACGGCCCUGGUCCUCGUGGCGGUAGCUGUGGUGUCGCAGGCCUAUCUCAAACAGCAGUGGCUUCGAUACCUACGGAACCAGGCGCUGAGCGAAGUGACCACUUUCGUCUCCAGGUCCCAGGACUUCGACAGCGCAUGCAGCGCGGCCCUGUCACUCAUCCAGGAGGUCGAGCUCGUGUCUCGGGGCUACAGGAUAAGUGCGCCCCUGCCUCCUAUUAGCCGCAUGGAGGACCGAUCACAGCUGCGCCGCUGCAAUAGGCUGCGUAAGGCGCUGAAGGAACGGCUGUCCGACAUGAUUGAGACUCACCUGCAGGUCUCGACGGCGAUCAAGGGCUUCGCCGAGCAGGUAGACCAAGAAAAGUACCACGAUAUCUACGACGUCAGCGACUUUGACAUUUCGGACGCGGUGCGAGGCUUUUCCGAAAAGGAGUUUGAGGAUCCAGAGGCUCUACGGUCCUUGAAGAUUGCCGCAUCCCGCUUCCACAUCAUUCGCAAACUUCUGCUGUGCUCUCUCCUUGCGUUUGAGGCGGCAGGCGACAGCACCGACUUCCUCCGAUGGUCGACGGCUGUGGAGGGACUGAAGACCCUUAACAACGCCACAUCCGAAAGUUAUGAAAAGCUUCGCCGACUGCUCAGCGAAGAAGAAACUUUCCCGACCAUCUUGGAGACCAAAUCACCAUUGUCUCCCAAUCGAGAGAAACGACGGUCGCAGUUUAUGAAGCUCAAUUCAUUGUCGAUGGGCAUCCGAGGCCUUCAGGCAAAGCUUGCCCUACUACGUGAAGAGUCGGAGAGGAUACUGAACGAGGCGGAUGACGUGUCCGAUUUGGGAUCCAGCCUGAUGGCUCAAUACGAGUCCAUCGGACAGGAUCUGAAGACGCUCACACAGGCUUGGGAGGAAGGCAAGGCAGCCUUGGCGUCCGGCAUUGACCGGAACGAGAAGCGGCUCUCGUCCCUCAGUACCCUGCUUUCACCAGCGACUUCUCUCAGCGGGCUCACCACCGUUGAAGAUGGCGGAGCAUCCGAGGCAUUCCGCGCACUGACCGGAGAGUCCCCGCCGGGCUCAACUCUGGGCAGCCCGAAGGGGGGCUGCUCGGACGAGGCGGAAGUGUUCGAGGCAGUCUCCCUGCCGUCCCGGCCGCGCAGCCUCCUGACUCGGGAGGAGCGGAUCGCCAAGAUGAAGGAAGAACGGGAGAGAAGAGAACUCGCGAGGAAGAGGGCCGAGGCCAGCCGCGGGAUGCUCCGGGAACUCGAGACGGUCAUCAACCUGCGACCAAAGCGGGCGACCAUGCCUGCGCCCUCUCGAAUCUCGUUAUGACCGUGAUGACUACCAACAAACCAAGACGGAACCUCUCUUUCCUUUGUCGUUUUGCAUCGUGCUUGCUACCCAGAUCUUAAUGGUGGCUUGUAUAGACAGCGGCUUGUUUCCAUAUUUGUCUUUGAUUCUCAC